AUGGUUGCAUUGUUCGCCGCAUCAGUGACCACCGCCCCCAGCAACCCCUCUCCUACCUCGACUAUAGCUGCGGGGGCAGCACCAGAUGACGAUCCCUUGGAUACCGCCGAGUCCGGCCACUUCCGGCGUAAGCGGAUCUGGAGAACCCUGUUGAAGCAGCUGUACGGUCUAGGAGGAUACGGUCUGGACCUGCUGUCGGGGAGUGGACAUUUCCAGGGUCACCAUCACGGUCACAGUCACGGCCACAGCCAUGGCCACAACUACGGAUACCAAGGGGUGAAGGCUCCAGGUGGUUAUGGGGGAGGAGGAUAUGGUUAUCCGGUCGCUGAUAACAACGGGCAUGGUGUAGCGAACUACGCUCCGGCGCCACCUGUAACCGGCGGAUACUACGGUGGCGGUAACUACAACGGGGGAUAUGGGCUGCACGACUUCUCUUGGAGCCACGGGGGUUCAGUCCCAGAGCUCGGAUUGUGGGGCAACUCUUGGGGGGUAGUAGACGGCUAUGGCUUGGGAGGUCAUUACGGAGGUCUACACUCGGACGAUAUCUGGCUGUGACAUUAUGGUAUUAUAAGAAUUAUUAUAUUUAUAAUGUAAUAAAAAAAUAAAUCAAUUAAGAUACUCACAUUUUGUACUAUAUAA